GCCACUCUGUGCUUCGGGAUGAUAAAGGUAGUGAAAAAGAAAAUAUCAAGAUGAGUAAAAAGCCUCCAAAUCGUCCUGGGAUCACGUUUGAGAUUGGUGCUCGUUUGGAGGCACUGGACUAUUUACAAAAAUGGUAUCCAUCUCGUAUUGAGAAGAUAGAUUAUGAAGAGGGGAAGAUGUUGGUGCAUUUUGAACGUUGGAGUCAUCGAUACGAUGAGUGGAUUUACUGGGACAGCAAUAGGUUGCGACCCUUGGAGCGACCAGCAUUAAGGAAAGAAGGACUGAAAGAUGAUGAAGAAUUUGUUGAUUUUAAACCUGGAGAAGAAGUCCUAGCUCGUUGGACAGACUGUCGAUACUACCCUGCAAAGAUUGAAGCAAUUAAUAAAGAGGGAACGUUCACAGUACAGUUCUAUGAUGGUGUUAUUCGAUGUCUUAAGAGGAUGCAUAUCAAAUCUAUGCCAGAGGAUGCAAAAGGGCAGGAUUGGAUAGCUUUGGUCAAAGCUGCUGCUGCAGCAGCAGCCAAGAACAAAGCAGGAAGUAAACCUAGAACCAGCGCAAACAGCAAUAAAGAUAAAGAGGACAGAAAAUGGCUAAAAGUUCCUUCAAAAAAGGAAGAAACCUCAACCUCUACAAUCAUGCAGGAAGUCCAAAAAAAGGAAGAGGAGCCUACAUCUAGUGACACAUUUGGAUUUCCUGUAGUGGAUGUUCCAAAGAUGGCCUUUGUGCAGGCAGAGAGCACGUUAUCACACAAGAGGAAAAGUAAUCUAGGCAACUCAUUUCAGGCAAAGAGAGCUCGUCUUAACAAGAUCACUGGUUUAUUAGCAUCCAAAGCUGUUGUUGCGGAUGGUGCUGAAAAAAAGGAAGGCAACAAAGAAACAGCUCCAGUCCUGGAGCAGGAGAUUUCACCUAAACCACAAAGUCAGAAAAAAAAAGAAGCUGAUAUUAGCAGUUCUGCCAGCAUUCAGAAACCUGCACUGUUAUCCUCAACUUUGUCUUCAGGAAAGGCUCGCAGCAAGAAAUGCAAACAAGAAUCUGGAGAUUCUUCUGGGUGUAUAAAGCCCCCUAAAUCACCACUUUCCCCAGAAUUAAUACAAGUCGAGGAUUUGACGCUGGUCUCUCAGCUUCCUUCUUCUGUGAUAAAUAAAACUAGUCCAUCACAGCCAGUGAAUUCCCCUAGAUCCUACAAACAUAGCCAACGGAGAAGAAGAUCACAGCGUUUAGCCACUUGCUCCUUGCCUGAUGAUUCUGUAGAAAAAGUUUCUUCUCCCUCUUCAGUUACUGAUGGAAAAGUGUUCUCCAUCAGUGGUCAAAACCAACAGUCAUCAAAAUUGGAGGUACCUGAUGUUGCUCAUAUAUCACUUGAGAAGCGUGGACCAUGUCUCCCCCUUGAUUUAAGCCGUAGUUCGGAAGUUACAGCACCAUUAUCCACAGAAUCCACUUUCCGUAAUGAAUAUCCCAGUAAAGACAAGGAAGAUAUUCAGAUGAUUACAUAUCUUUCUUCCAAAGCAGUAACUGAUGGAAGAGUAGCUACAACAGCGUCAGGUGCAGUGAGAAUGGAAAGAAAAGGAAGACUGGAAGAGAAAAGUUCUUCAACAUAUGGUAAAAAGAAAGAAAAGGAAAAGGAGAAAAAAGAGAAAAAGGAGAAAGAUCAUAAAUCAAAACAGAAAAAGAAGAAGAAAAAAAAGAAGAAAUCUAAACAGCAUGAUUAUUCAGAUUAUGAAGAUAGUUCUGUUGAAUUCUUAGACAGGUGCUCCUCUCCAUUAACACGGUCCUCGGGGAGCUCUCUGACUUUGCGCAGCAUGUUCUCAGAGAAGAAUACAUCAUACCAGUAUCCAAGAGCUAUCUUGUCUGUUGACCUUAGUGGAGAAAACCUUUCAGAUGUGGAGUUCUUGGAUGAUUCCUCUACAGAGAGUUUGUUACUUAGUGGUGAUGAAUACAAUCAGGACUUUGAUUCAACUAACUUUGAAGAGUCUCAGGAUGAAGAUGAUGCUCUCAAUGAAAUUGUUAGAUGCAUUUGUGAACUGGAUGAAGAAAAUGGCUUUAUGAUUCAGUGUGAAGAGUGCUUGUGUUGGCAGCACAGUGUAUGCAUGGGACUGUUAGAGGACAGCAUUCCAGAGCAGUACAUCUGUUAUAUCUGCAGAGAUCCACCAGGUCAGAGGUGGAGUGCCAAAUAUCUUUAUGAUAAAGACUGGCUAAACAAUGGUCACAUGUGUGGAUUAUCAUUUUUGAAAGAAAACUACUCUCAUCUUAAUGCCAAAAAGAUUGUGUCAACGCAUCACCUACUGGCAGAUGUAUAUGGUGUAACUGAAAUAUUGCAUGGAUUGCAGUUGAAGAUUGGGAUAUUAAAAAAUAAGCAUCACCCAGACCUUCAUCUCUGGGCUUAUUCAGGGAUGCGAAAAGAACAAGAACAAAUAACUGUUGGGGUAGAGAAAAAAUUAGUGACUUUGCCGGAUGCCGUUAAUCCAACUGAAAGGACGUGUCACAGUCAAAACCAUAAAGAGCCGCCCAGUAUACCCCAGAAGAUGGAAGAAACAUACAUCACAAGUGAGCACAGUUAUCAAAAACCACAGAGUUUUGGUCAAGACUGCAAAGCAGUCACUGACCCUAUGAGCUCAGAUGAUGAAGACACAAGUAGUUUUGAGGAGGAUCAGGAAUUUCACACAGAGAAUAAAAACUGUUUACAAUAUUCUUUUAAAGAUGAUGGCAUGAAUGAGCAGAAUUCUGCUGAAGGAAACACUGUGUUUGUUUGUAAUGAAAGAAAAGGCACGGAAGAACAAGUGGACACACAUCUUCAAUGGCAGCUAAAUCUCCUUACGCAUAUAGAGAAUGUACAGAAUGAAGUCACCAGCAGAAUGGACCUGAUUGAAAAAGAAGUUGAUGUUUUAGAAAGCUGGCUUGAUUUCACUGGAGAACUGGAACCACCAGAUCCUCUGGCAAGAUUGCCUCAGCUCAAGCGACGUAUCAAACAGCUCUUGAUUGACAUGGGGAAAGUACAGCAAAUAGCAACGCUUUGCUCUGUAUGACAAAAGGAAGAAUAAAAAAGUAAAAAUAGGUUCUUUACAGUGAAUUUUCUUACUUAGCCACAAGACUGACAGGAAGACAGCAAAAAGCUGAGCAUUUAUCUGGUUCUUUGCUGAUUACAUUAAUAGCCUGAAGCGUUAGAGAGAGGAGAGGAAAUCUAGAGUAAGGAAUCUGUUAUACUGAAAAUCUGAAUAUUCAAUGUCCAACCCUCAAAAUGUAAUAUAUUACAUACUGAGAAAUGUUGACAUGAUUUUAACAUGAUAAACAAGAAAAUCCCCGUGUAUAAGAAAGUUGAACAAACAAAAACUCUGUGAAGAACAAUGCUACUAUUUUGGAACCUUUGGCAAAAAAAUCUAAAUUAGCAGAUUUUAGCUGACUAAAAAUUCUUGGGAACUGCCUUUUUGAUAAAUUCCUCUUAUCUUGGUAGUGAUGAUAGACACAGAGAGAUCUGUAUCCUCUCUACAAGGAAAGUUUUUAGAUUAUUUCCUUCUCUCAUGAAUGUUCAAGAAAAUGAACACGCUAGCUUUGAUUUUUUUUUUUAAAGAAAUUACUUAUCAUGGUCUCCUUUUUAAAGUAUAUUUUUAAAUAGAAGUCCUUAUUACAGCACCCUUAGACUCCUUUAAAACCUAAGUGGCAAAUAGUGGUGGUCAGAUGUGCCAAAUAAUAUUAAAACCACUGGGAUGAGAGUUUGAUUAUGACUUAAUGAAGGUUUUUUCCAAAGUCCUACUUGGUGCCAGCAAUCCAUCCAAAAUUGUAUCUAGUUUAUAUUUUUUUAUGUUCUAUUGCAGUAUUCAGGAUUCAAGGUACAAUUUUUGUCCUGGGUAGCUCUGUUCUGGUGUUGGCCCUCUGAAACUACCAUCCUCAGCUGGGAUGAGGAAUGACAAGAGCAGCAAAACUGUCUGUGGCUGUGAAUAUACUAAACCACUAGAAUAAAUAUCACAAAAUACAUUAUCCAAAAUGUUUUUAUGAAAUCUUUCAGCUUCAGUGAAUGAAAUGUCAUGAAACCAAAGGCAACCUACUUGCUCUGUUAGCUCUUGCUGGAUUUUGAGCCCAGGACUUUUCCUGUGCUUAUAAGUUGCCACUGUACCCAGUGCUACAUACAUAUUUGUAUGUGUAUGUAUAUGUGUAUAGAUACACAUGUACAUAUAUACAUACUAUAUACAUUUAUAUCUACACAUGUCUAGUUUUAUUACAAUAGACUAUAAGAACUGGUGGUUAACAUGAAAUGUUACCUUUUAACAAGCAGUUUCUAAAAUUGAAAAUAAUGUAUGUACAGGUUUUGAAAUUUGUAAAAUAUGACUGUUAAAAGGAGGCUAUUUAACUGAUGACAUUAAGAUACUUGAACAUUUUAUGCCUCACGUCUGUUUAUCAGUUCUAGUUAUCUGUAUAAAUGCAUUUUAGAACCGAUAGACAGUAAACUUGAAUUUACCUUUUGAUAAGAGUACAAGCCACUGUACAUUCAAAAAUUAUUUAAAUUUGCAAACACACUGUUCUAUAUGUAAGGUACUGUAUGUAAAACUGUUUAUUAAAACUAUUCUGCAUACUCUACAUUUUCCACUUUUCUUCCUGAUCUACAUACAAAUGUAAAAAAGAAGUGAUUGUUAUAAUGUACAGACCAUCAAAAAUCAAAAAUAUCUUUGAAUGCCUUUUGAGGAUGCAUAAAAUUGAAAAACGUGCCAAAGAUGGAUUAUCCAGGAAAGACUUUGCAAA